ACCACAUUUCUCAAUCUCCAAAGGUUAUUCUUAAACCCAUUCCAAAGUCAUUCCCCUUCCUUUACUUACAACACAAGGCAUUGCUUUUACUCUGAUAUUUAUAAAUAUAUAUAUUUAGAGAUGUAUGGUUUGCAUUACUUGCCUUCCCAUACUCUCUUCUGGUUGUGCAAAACUUAGAAUGAAGCUAAGCGAAUCAAGAGGAGGCGAAUCAGCGAAGCACAACCAACACCAACAUUUCCACCACGAUCUUAAAAACAUGAUCUCCUCCUUAACCCACAUGGGAGCAUACAAGGCAGGACGGAACCAAUAUGAAGAAGAGGAGAAGGAGGAGGAGGAUGGCAUCAGAGCCAUCACGCUCUCUGGAUCCAACCUUGGAGCCACCAUGAAGACCGAGCUUGAUGAUAACCAUGGAGACAGCUACAAAAACGGUGGGCAAGAGCUUGAUUUCCUGACCACUUUUGUAAACAGCAACUUUCAAGCUGUGAACAACUCCAUAAUGAUGGGCGCAAAGUACGAGACUCAUGAUCCAGGAGUUCAUCUUGAUAUCUCAGGCGAUGUGGAGAAAUCUUUGAUGAAGGCACCUGGGAGGGGGUGGAGGGAAAGGAAAGGGAAAACUCAAGCUAGAAGAGAUCGUCGAGAAUCUGAACAUACAGAUUGAUUCGUAGCUUCAAGCACAAAUCAUUUUGGCUUCUGUAUACAAUUAAUCUAUUCUCUUAAUAAGUGCAUGCCAAAGCACAUUACUCGCACCAAUAAUCUUGCGUGAACAAGUGUAUGGAACUUAAUUGGAAAUGGUCAAAUUUAUUAAACUACAA